AUGUUUCGCUCCAAUGCUUCACGGACCUUGCUCCGCUCCCUCAAUGCCUCCCCAAAGCUUACAGCGGCGCCCGUUUUCCGCCAACGCACUUCGCAGCUAUGCACCCUCACUGCCCGCCGCCCGACGGCUUUGACUGCUCUCGCGAGGCCGUUGGCCAUGCAGCUACGACUUUCCAGCACAAAGGGACCCAUGGACACAAUUGACAAGAAGACAGAAGAUGCACUGGCCAAAAAGAAACUGCCCGUGGACCCAGAGGCUGUUAGUACCUCCUCCUCGGUCCACCCAGUCUUUGGAGAGGUCACUGGUGAGGAGAAGAGUGAUGAUACCGACAUGAUGGCUGGUGUGCGUUCCGAUCUGCAGACGAUCAAGGAGACUUUCUCCCUCGACGAAGUCCCACGUCAAGCCUACUACAUUGGUCUCGCGGGUGUCCUCCCAUAUGUGGCCACUUCGCUGAGCACUGUCUUUUGCGCGUGGGAAAUCAACCACGCCGCGGAUACUGGCGCCGGCUUCCUGUUCGACGGCAAGACCGCCGAGCUGCUGCURCACGUUCUUGAGCCAAUUCAGGUGGGAUAUGGCGCUGCGAUUAUCUCCUUCCUCGGAGCUAUCCACUGGGGCCUUGAAUUCGCCAAGUAUGGCGGCGAGCACGGCUACCCACGCUACUCGAUUGGUGUUAUCAACACCGCUCUCGCAUGGCCCACCAUCCUGAUGCCUGUGGAAUACGCUCUUAUCUCGCAGUUCUUGCUCUUUACCUUCUCCUACUACCGUGAUUCUCGCGCUGCCAGACAGGGCUGGGCACCCCACUGGUACGGCGUGUACCGAUUUGUGCUGACCUUCAUUGUCGGAAGUGCGAUUGUUGUCUCUCUCAUUGGCAGAGGCCAGAUCACGCAGGAGAUCUCGAGGCCGCAUGGACCAGCUCAGAGAGUGAGGGACUUGAGGGCUCACCAAGAGGAGCUGUCUGGAACUGAGGAGGAGAUGAGGAGGAAAUUGCUUCCCAACGAGGGCGAGGAUGAUGAGGAUGACGAGGAGGAGGAGGAGGGGGAGGAGGAGGAGGAUGACGAGUAG